AUCAGUAGUGGACAAAUCAUGCCUUUACAAAGUUUACAUUACGCGAGACCUUAAACUGGAUUUGCCUCUUCGCUCUUUGGUUUUGCCCUAGAUUGAUCCUGGUUUUGCUAAACUAUUGUGGAGUGUGAAAUACAUUACAAACGCAUUCAACAUGGCUACAGAAGAGGCAUGUAAGGUGUAUUCUCUGAAAGGAAAGGUGGCUUUAAUAACAGGUGCCAGUUCGGGUAUUGGCGCUGGUACAGGCAUUUUAUUCGCAAAACUUGGAGCUUUGCUGGCUCUUAAUGGCCGUGAUUUGGAAAAUUUAACCAAAGUCGCCCAACAAUGUAAAGAUUGUGGAGCUGCAGAGCCUUUGCUUGUGCCAGGAGACCUGACUGAUGAGGACACAGUUAAGAAGACUGUGGAGAACACUAUUGCUCACUUUGGCCGGUUGGAUGUCCUGGUGAACAGUGCUGGUAUUCUUGCCAUGGGCACUAUCGAGACCACUGACCUAGCUCAAUAUGACAAGGUCAUGAACAUCAACGUGAGGUCUGUUUACCACCUUACUCAGCUGUGUGUGCCUCAUCUCAUCAAGACCAAAGGAUGUAUUGUCAAUGUAUCGAGUGUCAAUGGCCAAAGAUCAUUUCCAGGUGUAUUGGCCUACUGUGUAUCCAAAUCUGCUAUUGACCAAUUUACUCGUUGCAUAGCAUUGGAACUAGCACCAAAGCAAGUGAGGGUGAAUUCAGUUUGCCCUGGUGUAAUAGUUACUGAGGUUCAUAAAAGGGCAGGACUGGACGAGGAACAAUAUGCACAGUUUUUAGCCAAGGCUAAGCAAACUCAUGCUCUUGGUCGUCACGGGGAGGUGGAUGAAGUGGCCCAAACCAUUGCUUUCUUGGCAUCAGAUGCAGCGAGUUUUAUCACUGGUGUGAAUCUUCCGAUAGAUGGAGGCCGUCAUGCCAUGUGUCCUAGAUAAUGUGUUCUGAAAUCAUUAACUAAUACACUAUUUAAAACAA